AUCAGCAGUGCCCUGCACAAACAGAAACAGCCUGGUUUACUACGAUGACAGCUGAACUUAAUCGUUGUUUUAUUACUACACGCUUCUAUGCGAUUAUAUUUUAAAGUUAGAAUUCAGUACUGCAAAGAGGAAGAGGACUUGGUAUUAAUACAUUGCAAUCCGAUCUCUAAAGUGAAUCGCUCUGCUGUGAACUGAAACUUUAAAACAAAAAACAAUAUGCUCGCGUUGGAACGUAUUCCCGAUCAAAUUGGCUACUUGGUCUUGACAGAGGAUGGUGCCGUGUUAUCGUCCGGAGGUGAGCUGGAGAAUGAUGAAAGAAUUGCCAACAUUAUCGUAGGAUUAGUCACGCUGACCAAUAAAAUUGACUCGAAGGCAUUUCCAAACAACGAGGUUUUUGAUAAAAUAUCGAUUACAUAUCCGGAUCAUUGCUAUGUUAUUUGUUUGUCAAACAAAAAGCUUCAUGUGGUAAAGAAAAAAUUGGCGUCCUCAACGACUACAGCGAUCGUCGAGCAACCUUUAAUAGAUGUAUAAGUUCUCCUGUUCAUGAUUUCUAUUCAUAAGUAUGUAAAAUAAAUUUUUAUGAUACUUGAAAA